CUGAAAAGCAGAUUCGUACAGACGAAACAGACAGUGAACAAGCAAGAAGUGCUCUUGAAAAUUUAUCCAGUAGUAGGAAGCGGCUUAGAAGUCUAGUGGUGACAGAUAGACCUCGAGAUGAAAAUAGUAUGAAACCUGACAAUGGAAACAAGAGAAAGAAUCAAAAUGGAGAUCAUAAGAAGAAUAGGGAGAGGAAUAUGUCAAAGAGGCAUGAUCCAGGAAAAGUUCACAGUGUUGAAGUUUCAGAGCGAUGGCAAAAAAGGGAACAACCAAAAUCGCAUCAACGUGAAAUGAGAAAGAAAAGGAGGAGAUCAAGAAGUAGAGAUCAUGGGCAGGAUAGACAGAAAAGGUCAUCCCCCUUACCAAGGGCUCAAAAAGCUACAUCGCGUCAUAAGAGAGACCAUGAGGAGCGAUUGGAAAAUGCUGUUACAGAUAGGUCGGGAAAGCACCAUUUUAAUGAUAAUGGAAACAAAGUGGCAAGCACAGUAAAUAACAAGUCUAAACGGUAUAGUGCUUCCAAAAGUGAACUUGGUGGAUAUUCUCCACGGAAAAGAAGGGAGGAGGCCUCUGCCAAGGCUGUCUCACCACCUAAUCUGUCUUCUGAAAAAAAAAGUGCUAAAUGGGAUCUUGCACCUGCUGUAACUGCUGCCAUGUUUUCGGGCUCAGUUUUUUCUGGUCUCCAAGCAGCAGCUCAGACAGCGUAUCCUACCAACAGUGAGGCUUCCUUGACGCUUUUGAAACCACUUAUGGAGGCGCCUUUUAGGACGCCAUCGGCAAGGGAGAUCACGUCAGUUGAUUCUGUUCAACUGACCGAAUCCACCAGGCGUAUGAGGAGACUUUACGCAGAAAAUGUGUCGGAUUCGGCCUCUGAGAAGUCUCUGAUUGAAUGCUUCAAUAGCUAUAUGCUCUCUUCAGGCUCCAAUCACAUAAAAGGAAGCGAACCAUGUAUUAGCUGUAUUAUAAACAAGGAAAAAAGUCAGGCGCUAGUGGAGUUCCUUACACCACACGAUGCCUCUGCUGCACUCUCCUUGGAUGGCUGCUCCUUUGCGGGUUUAAACCUCAAAAUUCGACGCCCUAAAGGCUAUGUCGAGACAACAAGCGGUGAAUUGGCGAAAAAGGAGCCAGCCACAAAUGCAAUAAGUGACAAUGUGAAGGACUCAUCGAACAAGAUCUUUAUUGGCGGAUUUCCAAAAUCAAUUUCAUCUGAAAUGUUAAUGGAGAUUGUCAGCGUCUUUGGACCUUUGAAAGCAUACCGGUUCGUGAUCAACAAUGAUCUCAAUAAGCGAUGCGCUUUCCUAGAGUACACUGAUGGAUCUGUUACCCUCAAAGCUUGUGCUGGCCUUAAUGGUAUGAAGUUAGGUGGCAGUGUAAUAACUGCCGUUUGUGCAUUUCCUGAUGCAUAUCAUCCAUAGCGGUAAUUCAGUGACCCAUUUUUGUUCUUGUUAGUUCAUGUUCUGUUGUAUGGGAGACAUAGAACCAAAAUUCCUCUAGUUACUUGUGAGAGUGGUGUGUUAUAUAAUACGUGUUGCAGGUGAAUGAGAAUCCACCAUUCUAUGGGAUACCUGAGCAUGCAAAACCACUUCUUGGCAAGCCCAAGUAUAUUCUAAGGCUUAAGAAUGUGGUAAGUUCCGGUUUUUCGGGUAUAGAAAUGUUGGAUCCGUUUCGAUAUCUCUUAAUGUUCGGAUCGGUUAUUUCGGGUUUGGUUCAGUUUGAAUUUUUGAUUAAAACAAGAAUUGUUGUAAUGUUGUAAGAGAUAAAUUACGUGAGAGUGAAGAGACAAAUGUUGAUGGGCUAAAUCUAAAGUUCUCUAAGUUAUCCAUCAACAACAUUUACAAAAUGUAUAUAUUAAUUGUAUAUAAGGUUUGUAAAUGAGAAACAAAUCAAGAA